AUGGCCUGCUUUGUUGUAUGGGGAGUGUCGACCAGCCUGCCCAUGGCAAUUACCGUGCGUGCCAUCCAGGGAGCAAGUAACGGAAAUGUUGGAAUUAUUCGAACCAUGGUGGCGGAACUUGUGCCCGAGAAAGAGCUCCAACCAAGAGCAUUUUCUAUCAUGCCCCUUGUUUGGUCAUUGGGCUCAGUUGUCGGUCCAGCAUUUGGCGGCUUCUUUGCCGACCCUGCCAAACAGUAUCCUUCCGUGUUUGGGGGUGUGUGGUUCUUUGAGAAAUUUCCAUAUGCUCUUCCCAACUUGAUUGCUACCGUCUUCUUCCUCAUAUCUGUCACUAGCGCGACGCUUUUUCUCAAGGAAACACUUGCUGCGAAACGAGAUGAGCGAGACUGGGGACUGUUAUUUGGCAAACGUCUUGGCCAAGCAUUGAAGUGGAACAAGAAACAGGACAGGAGACGCAGAUCCUUUGUAGAUGGCGAGGCAACCGCCCCUCUCAUACCCAACCAAAUUCGGCACAAGACAGUACACGACUCGUCAACCCCAGGAACCCUAGAGAUCUUCACGCAGCAAAGCGUUCUGAUUAUGCUGGCAUACUUCUUCCUUGCCUUUCACUCUGUCGCCUAUGAUCAAAAUGUCACAGUCUUUUUAAACUACCCUGUAGAGGAGCACACUCCGGAAAAUACACGACUCCCCUUUUACUUCAAUGGCGGCUUUGGCCUGGAGUCGGGGAGGAUUGGGACCAUCUUCAUGUUAUAUGGGGUUACAUGUGGUCUUGUCCAGUUUAUCCUCUUUUCGCCCAUGGUCACCCGAUGGGGUGUUCUGAACUGCUACAAAGCCUGCUGUGUCAUCAUGCCAAUGGUCUACAUCCUCACGCCCUAUACAUCCUUAUUCCCAACCCCCGAAACGCGACUUAUGGGCCUUGCCUUUGUCCUGAUGCUCAAGGCGUUUUCGAUCAUCGUUGCUUUCCCCUCUGUCACCAUUCUGCUUACUAAUUCGGCCAAGUCGCUGAGAAUCUUGGGCACUUUGAAUGGCUUCGUUACCAUGUUCAGCGGCUUCGGCAGAGCUCUAGGCCCUGCCAGCACUGGGCUGGCUUUCACUUGGGGUGCAAAGCAUGGAUACGUUGUCACAGCAUACUUCUUCCUGGCGGUCAUAGCUGUUCUAGGAGCCAUUCCCGUCUUCUGGGUUGUAGAGGGUAACGGCCCGACCGCAUCUGUUGAAAACAGCGAUACCGAAGAGAAUGAAACUCCCCUUAGCAGCCGCAUUCUUGUAGAUGAAUCUGCGAUUGACGACUCUGACGUCGAAUCCCACGAGUCGGAACCCUUGCUUGGAAACUCUAAAAAACGAGCACCCUAUGGGGCCGCAAAGAUUGGAUGCCAAGACUAA